UUCAAAAAACAAACGACUUCAACUGAUCAUAGUUACAGUGGUUGUUGUAGAGUAUUUGUUCACUCUUCACUCUCCUUCCCUCCCUGUUUCCAUUUCUGCAACCAAAUCAAGACAGAACAAAUGGCAUCCAGCUCCCUUUCCUCUCGUGGCUCUGGCUCAAAUUGGACUCCCAGGCAAAACAAGUUGUUUGAGGAGGCAUUGGCCAAGUAUGACAGGGACACCCCCGACCGCUGGCUCAAUAUUGCCAGGGAAGUUGGUGGUGGGAAGACAGCGGAGGAAGUGAGGAGACAUUAUGAGUUUCUCGAACAGGAUGUCCAGAGUAUCGAGAACGGCCAAGUGGCCAUUCCCAAUUACAGGACAACUGGAGGGAGCAGGAGCUAAGGCAACAACAACAUUCAUGAUGAAGAGAAGAGGCUAAAGUAUUUAAAGCGCCAUCGAACUGAAUCUGUUGCAAUAAGGAUCUAUUAGUCUGCUACUCCAAAAAAAGCAGAUGUAGUAAUAGAGAAUCAAUUUCUGUGAUUCUUGUUAGUAUUCCUUCUGCUUCUUCUUUUUCCUCUGUUCCAAGCGUAAUUGAUUUCCUUUAGGCUAGUAUAAAUGUAAAGAUGGAGUAUCUAUUUCCUCCUCUCUCUUCUUGCUGUAAUGGAUUCUAGAAUAUAAAGAUGCAUUAUCUAUUGUGUGUAA